CAAGUAACGCAAAAGUAAUAUAACGCAUUACUUUCCAUAAAAAGUAACUAAGUAAUGUAAUUAGUUCCAUUACAUUUUUUGGGGAGUAACUCAAUAUUGUAAUGCAUUACUUUUAAAAGUAACGUUGUCCAACACUGCCAAUAACAAUGAAAGGGAAAAAGGCACAAAAAAUAAACAGUCCAAAGUCUAGAAAUACUAAAAACAUUAAUCCACAAGCAAAAAUCCUCCCCAAAAACAUUACAAAUAUAUGACGAUUAAAAUCUUCACAAAACCAAACAGAUCCUCAGAAAGGCCAAAACAUUUACAUAGUCAACAAACAAAAGGGAUGAGCGUUAAAUGUUAAGAAACAAGCAAAGACACUUAGACUGGGUGAAAACACACAUACACACACAAUGUAAUAAAAAAACUGAGGGAGAACAACAUAAGAGAACAAUGGGAACAACUGGUGGACAAAGGCAGUAAUGCAAGACAAAACCCUGACAAGAGCCCAGUUCCUGACAAAGGGUGGCUGAACAACGUCCUUAACAAGGUAGGGUGGCUGAACAACGUCCUCAACAAGGUAGCGGGGCUGAGGAAUGUCCUCAACACGGUAGGAGGGCUUAGCAAUGACCUGAAGAAAGAAAGGGGGGCUAAACAACAACCUCAAUGAGAAAGGUAGGCAGAGCAACGUGUGUGAAACUUUUAACUAUGCAUGAUUAUGUUAACUGUAGGGAAACUAAUUGUAACUGAAGCUGUUACAAUAAUUAGACCGAAGCUGUAACUGUACCGUAGCCGAUUUAUUAUGGCUAUAAUGGUGCUAUUAUCAGAAAAAGCAAAAAAAAAGAUCAAUUAAGCAGCCCAAAGUCAAAAUCACGAUCAGGACAACCCUCUGAAAGCAUCUAUUGUGUAUAUUCCAGAUUCAAUGGGAAUGUAACAGGACCUGUUCACUAGAUUUAAUACGAACAUCCACGGGACGCUGAGUAAGCACUGCUCCCUGAUCAGCAAGCUGACUUCACAUUCAUCCAUCCCAUCCUUUCCUCCUCCUACUCCUCCUUUUUUGGCUCCAUAGCCAGUAGAGCUCUGAUUACUGGACCGAUGAAGAAAUCUAUUGGCUUGAUCCGGUGGCACUCAGAAGUGAGAGUCUGUGCAACUGAGCUGGUAGUACCACGGAGCAAAGCAGAAAGUGAAAAUGCUGCUGAGAAGAACUGGAUGGAGAUGUGUGAAUGAUUUGAGGAGAAGCAUUUGCAGGAAAUGCCAUUAAAUCCCAGCAAGGAUUCUUUUUUUAAAGCACACCAGAGGUAAGUUGAACGGUGGAGGAGCGAUGGGUGUACAUGUUUAUGAGCUUUCAGAACCGGCAAGUGUGAACUGGAAAAGCAAAUGAUAAAGCAACAUGAUAAACCAGGAGUGUGUGUGUGUGUGUGUGUGUGUGUGUGUGUGUGUGAGAGAGAGAGAGAGAGAGAGAGAGAGAGGUCGGAUGCAGGACGUGUCUGUAUAUCAUAUUCUCAGCACGUCCUCAUGCCGAGUUUCAGAAAGGGCUCUGUGCUAUUUUUAAACGAGUCCGCAGCCCGAGUAGUUCAUGAAAACAAGCCCUCGCCGGCCACUUUAAUAGGAACAUUUGCACCUUAAACCAUUCAUACGAUAUUAAGACCAGACAGUCAUGUGGUUAAAGUGUAACACAGAACAUCCUACAGAUGCAAAACAGUCUGGUCCAAAGCUUUUCCCAUUAAGCACAAGAAGGAGGAAUGAUCCGUGUUGCUCCAAGAACUCUGAGUUGAGACUGUAGUUGUGUGUCCAUGAUAGGGUUCGAUUACAGUUCUCUGAACGGCAGCAACUUUGUGUGUUGUGCGUAAAACCCCCAUGAGAUCAGCAAUCUUUAGAGUUUACAUAGUAUGGUGCAGAAAACAGAAAACAUCCAGUGAGCAACAGUUGUAGCUGGUGCUUUAGCGUUUGUUACAUGUACUUUACAGCACAGUGAAAUUCUUUCGCUUAUCCCAGAGAUGUUAGAAAGUUGGGGGUCAGCCAUACAGCGCUACUGGAGAACUGAAAAUUAAGGGCCUUGUUCAUGUGCCCCAACAGUGGCAGUUUGGCGAUAUCAAGGCUUGAACCCCGGACCUUCCGGGCAACCCAAAGCCUUGACCACUGAUCUACCACCUUCCCCUAGUAGUAUGAGGUUAGAAGAGAAAAGACUAGAAGUGGACAUAGAGGGAUUUUUUUUUCCCCAAUUAUUUUAUGAUUGUAUCGCAGGAAUUCAUUUAGGCAAGUAGCCAGGCCCCCAUCCCCUGGGUUUAAAUGUCAAAGUCCAUCCAUGUGUGUUGAGCAAAAAAGCAUGACAUGGAAACUUGAGGCUGCUGGGAUGCAGCAGAAGACCACAUCGGGUGCUGCUCAUGUCAGCCAAGAACGGAAUCUUCUUUCAGAAUCUGAAACAAGAUUCGUCAGCUGGGGUUCUUUGCUGCCUGCCCGCCUAUCUCUGUAGUUUGUCCAUGCCUCCAUCUUCUCUCGAUGACAGAUUUGUGGCACCUCUACAAUUUUUUUUGGACACCGCCUACCUGGAAGCCUCCGUGGGCACCAUUGUGGUGGAGAUCCAGGUGACCAACCUCACUUAUAUGCCCUCAUCCAGCAGCUCCACUCGUUCCCUGACGUGUGGAUGCAACAGUGCCAGCUGUUGCAUGGUUAGCACUUAUGAAAAAGACAGCCAGACCCAGACCCUGACCCAGAAACUGAGCCAGGUCAGUACAAGUAGCCCCAACUUGAACUCAGGCAUCAGCUAUGGAGGACCCGGAGGUCUCUCAAGGCCAACAGUGGGCCAUAGCGAAACCUACAGUGCACCCAGUCUCACGUCCAGCACCCCCAGAGGCGCUGUAUGCAUCAUCCAUCCAAGUGAGCUGGCUCAGAUGAUGACCUUUUGCCCCACAGGUCAUCCAGCAGGGCCUUUGCCACUGAUCAUAGACUGUAGGUCCUUUAUGGAUUACAACAAGAGCCAUAUCCGAGGAGCUGUGCAUAUUAACUGCUCGGACAAGAUCAGCCGUCGACGCCUGGAGCAGGGCAAGAUUAGUGUGCUGAAUCUCAUUUCCUCCCACCAAAGCAAGGACUCCUUGAGGGGCGUUUUUUCGAAAGAGAUCAUAAUCUAUGAUGAAAGGACAAUAGAUCCGGCUCGAAUGUCAUCCUCUCAACCUUUGCACAUAGUUCUGGAUUCUCUACGCAGGGACGGGAGGGACCCAAUUGUUCUCCAAGGAGGCAUCUCCAGUUUCCGACAUGACCACGAGGACUUGUGCGAGAACUCCUUACAACUUCAGGAGGGUCACGAUGCUGGUGCAGCUGUUGCUCUGUCUGGGGCGCUACCUCACUUGCUGCCCUCCAGCCCUGACAUUGAGAAUGCUGAGCUGACCUCUGUUCUGCCCUUCUUGUUCCUGGGCAACGAGCGUGAUGCACAGGACCUCGACCAAAUGCAAAGGAUGAACAUUGGGUACAUACUGAACGUUACCACACACCUCCCACUAUACCUCUACGACCUAGGAAUGUUCAAGUAUAAACGCUUACCCGCCACCGACAGCAACAAGCAGAACCUACGACAGUACUUUGAAGAAGCGUUUGAGUUUAUAGAAGAAGCCCACCAGGCAGGUAAAGGACUGCUCAUUCACUGCCAGGCGGGCGUCUCACGCUCGGCCACUAUCGUCAUCGCAUACCUGAUGAAACACACCUGGAUGACCAUGAUGGACGCCUACAAGUUCGUGAAGAUGCGACGACCAAUCAUCUCGCCCAACCUGAACUUCAUGGGCCAGCUCCUGGAGUUCGAAGGAGAUCUCAACAACGGCGUCACUCCUCGCAUUCUCACGCCCAAGCUGAUCGGAGUGGAGACCAUCGUGUAGGACUAAACGUUUUGUUCCCCCUGGAGACUGAAUGAGGAUGCAUGCCUGAAAGGGAUUUCUUUCCCCACCUAUGCAUGGAUUUAUAUGGAGAUAUGCACGUCGUUUUGGUCUUCAAAGAUGUUUGGCAGAAGAAGAUUCAUCUGGUCUGUUGUUCCUUUAUUGUUUUGUUUUUUUAAAUACCGGAAUCGAGCACUGUGCAAAACUUCACAUGAAAAGCAACAAGGUUUUUCAUCUUUAAAUAUUAUACAAUACCUGGGCAAAAGUUUGUGGACACCUGACCAUAAUAUAUUCAUGCUUUUUUAACAUUUAGUUCCAGUCCUAUUCACUCUUAUAAGAGCUUCCCCUCUUCUGGAAAGAUGUUCCACUAGAUUUUGUGGAGAUUUUAUUGUGAGGAAGUGAGGAAGCCGGGGGAAAUCAAAUCAUCCCAAAGGUGUUCAACAAGGUUCGAACUCUGCAGCAGGCCAACCAAGAUCUUCCUAACACAUCUAAACCGUGAAAAGAUGUUCCACUAGAGUUUGUGGAAAUUUCAUUUAGACACAAGUGAGAAAGUAUGGAAGACUGGGUUGUGCUCCAGUUCAUCCCAAAGAUGUUCAAUAGGAGGCCACUCAACUUCUUCCACAUACAUCCAACCCAUGUAAAGCAGAUCUUCAUGGAGCUGGUUUUGUGGACUUUGUGA